CGCCUGCGCGGUGUGCGGGGAGCGGCUGCCCGCAGGGUAUACAGCAUGGCCCAAACAGAGAAGAAAGGUGGGCUGCUCCGGAAAUCUUCAGCCUCCAAGAAGCCUUUGAAAGAGAAAGUGGUGUUGAUGUAUGAUGAAAUUUUCACGACAGAGGACCCCAGUAAAUGCAACCCUAGGUUUUGGGAGGAGCUAUUUCUCAUGAAGGUCAACCUGGAGUAUCUAGAAGGCAAGCUGGAGGCUCUGGAUGGGGAAGAAUUAAUGAAGAUAAAAGACAACAUCAACUGCUUGUUUCAGCACUGCAUCCAGGCCCUGGGUGAGGAGCACCCAAUCAGAGUGGUGAAUGCAUUACAGACUUUGUGUGCAUUGAUCCGGGGUGUCCAUCAGAAGAACAAAUCCACUUCUGGGUUUGACAUCAUCAACAUGCUUGUGGGUUUUGACAAGGCAGAGCUGUGUAUGAAGAAUCUGAUGGAGAGCUUGGACUCCCUCCUCUGUGCAGAAGGUUCUGAAAGCCUCAAAAGCUUGUGUCUGAAGCUACUUCUCUGCUUGGUGACAGUGACAGAUAACAUUAGCCAGAACACCAUCCUGGAAUAUGUGAUGAUUAACAGCAUAUUUGAAGCCAUUUUACAGAUCCUGUCCAGCCCUCUCAGUCGCAGGGAGCAUGGGUAUGAUGCUGUUGUCCUUCUGGCCUUGCUGGUCAACUACAGAAAGUAUGAGUCAGUUAAUCCCUACAUUGUGAAGCUGUCCAUUGUGGAUGAUGAGGCCACACUCAAUGGAAUGGGACUUGUAAUUGCCCAGGCUUUAUCGGAAUAUAACAGGCAAUACAAAGAUAAAGAAGAGGAGCAUCAGACUGGUUUCUUCUCAGCCCUAACUAACAUGGUGGGCAGCAUGUUCAUAGCAGAUGCUGAUGAGAAGAUCUCUGUCCAAACAAAUGAAGCAAUCCUUCUGGCCCUCUAUGAAGCUGUUCACUUAAACAGGAAUUUCAUCACAGUUCUGGCACAAAGCCAUCCUGAAAUGGGCCUGAUGACAUCACCAACGAGCCCAGUUCCAACCACACCUGUCACUCCACUUGGAACCACCCCACCUUCUUCAGAUGUUAUAAGCUCUGCAGAGCUGCCUUUGGAUGCUGAUGUGCAAACGAGCAACCUGCUGAUAACCUUCUUGAAGUACAGCUCAAUUGUGAUGCAGGACACAAAAGAUGAGCACCGGCUGCACAGUGGCAAGCUGUGCCUCAUCAUCCUGACGUGCAUAGCAGAGGAUCAAUAUGCUAAUGCUUUUCUUCAUGAUGACAACAUGAAUUUUCGUGUAAACCUACACAGAAUGCCGAUGAGGCACAGGAAGAAAGCAGCAGACAAGAACCUGCCCUGCCGCCCGCUGGUGUGUGCAGUGCUCGAUUUGAUGGUGGAAUUCAUUGUAACACACAUGAUGAAAGAAUUUCCUAUGGAUCUCUAUGUACGGUGCAUUCAGAUUGUGCACAAGCUGCUGUGCUACCAGAAGAAAUGCAGAGUGAGGCUUCAUUACACUUGGAGGGAGCUCUGGUCAGCUUUGAUCAACUUAUUGAAGUUCCUCAUGUCUAAUGAGACUGUGUUGCUGGCCAAGCACAACAUCUUCACCCUUGCUCUUAUGGUUGUGAACCUGUUCAACAUGUUCAUCACUUAUGGAGACACAUUUCUGCCCACUCCCAGCAGCUAUGAUGAGCUCUAUUAUGAAAUCAUUCGCAUGCACCAGAAUUUUGACAACCUUUAUUCUAUGGUUCUAAGGCUGUCUACCAAUGCUGGUCAAUGGAAAGAGCCUGCAAGCAAGGUGACCCAUGCAUUAGUCAAUAUUAGAGCCAUCAUCAAUCACUUCAACCCGAAGAUAGAGUCUUAUGCUGCAGUGAAUCACAUAUCACAGCUCUCCGAGGACCAGGUUUUGGAGGUGGUGAGGUCCAACUACGACACGCUGACGCUGAAGCUGCAGGACGGGCUGGACCAGUACGAGCGCUACUCGGAGCAGCAUAAGGAGGCUGCCUUCUUCAAAGAGCUGGUUCGCUCCAUCAGCAUCAACGUGAGGAAGAACCUUGCUUUCAACACGCUGAGCCAGGAGCUGCUGCUGAAGGAAUUCUCGACGAUCUCGUGAGGCGGGGACGCUGCGGCAGCGCGGGCGGAGCCGGGCUGGGACUGUCCCCGGUGGGCAGGGACACUCCGCUCUGCGGCCGGUCCCCUGUGCCUGCGGAAGGGACCGAGUUUCUUUUAGGGGAACGCCUUGCUGCUGUGUCUGAUCCCAAAGGAAUGUGUUUAAACAGAACUUGGGCUGAGGAGAGCUGAUUGGCAUGUUGAGGAGGAAGCAACUUUUUAUGGUGCCACGGGAGUGGGCAGCCAUUCCUGUGACAUAGCAAUGGGAGAUUCCCUCCACAGCCUCAGGGAAAACGCACUGGAAACCUUUGUAGCAGAGCUGGGGAGAGCUCACAACUGAAAUAAUAAAACCAGCCCAGCUGUGUGAAACUGUUCUGGGUAGAGAUUGCUCACCUGCUCGAUGGGGAAAGCUCUUUGGUCCCAGGUGAGGGCUGUUCUUGUCCAUCAGCCUGGGUCAACGUGUCCUCCUGUCAUGUAAGUCAAAUCCAUUGCCAUCCCAUUGGGAAUGGCUUUGGAUUAUAAAACAGUUUCCCCAAGGAGCAGGCCUUGCUCAAUGCUGUCUCCUGAUGUCAAAAGGUGUCACUUCAACCAAGCCAUUGGAAAAGGGGAAACUUUGCUUCCAAGGCUGUUGGCUUGCAGGGUCCAUUGUGAGCCAGGAUCCAAGAAUAUGGGUCAUCAAACAGAGCACUUUGCUACUGGAGACCAGCUCUGCUUGGGGUCACUGUUGCUUCCGGUAGCUCCAGCUCAUCUGCUGUUUCUAAGGUAGAGGGACAUUUUUAGACAUUUGGUUUUCAUGGGGCAGAGGCUGACUCCUUCUCCCCACUCACCUUGUUGCCCAUCAGAGACCGCUUUGUGACAAUCCUCCUCUUCCUCACGGGAACAUCUGCCUUGCACAUGUUUGCAGGUGCCUGGUGACCUUCAUAAAUGAAGAAGUCUCCAGUUUUUCCUUUGUGUGUAGCACACAGUUAAAAUGCAUCUGGAGAAGUAGUGACUUCACUUUCCUGCCCUCCUGUCUUUACCAAGUGACGUUCAUCCGUGUCUGCUGAGGGCUUCCCAAGGAGCAGCUCUGGGAUGAUGCUCUGGGGCACAGGCACCUCUCUGCUCCCAGAGCCAGUGCUGCAGAGGUGCCCACAUCUGGCAGAGCCUGUUUAGAGUGCUGUGUCAGGCUCCCAGCUCAGGAAUACACAACAUGAACACCUGUUCCACACCUGUUCCCUGCUCAUGCAUUUUCAGCUCCCAGCACUGAUGUUAUGAUAUUAGGAUCUGGCCUGACGUGGUGGACUGAAGUAGAGAAGUUAUUUACAUUCCAGAUCCACAGUUUUUUUUCCUCCCCCUAGAAAACAGAUGUUUUUUUUAAAAAGUGCCUAGUCCUGCUCUUAGCCUUGUAGGUUAGUGUGAGUAAUGUGGAUGUCAUGCUCAUUUACUACCAUUUUUAGGCAAGGCUUUUUUCAUGCUAUUGUGCGUUAAUUGUGUUAAUGUUUCAUCUUACCUGCUAUGAGCAUGGGAAACUGAGAGCUGUGUCCUUGGCCACCCACUGGGCACAACACUGAUGACAUCCCUAUGUUUUCCUUGGGAGCACUGGCUUCUCUCAGCAGAUGAUACUAUUCCUCAGCGGGGAAUUGUCUGGCUUUUAACAGCUAAGCCAGACGUUUAUUUGCUCUCUGCCAUGCAAGUGCAUGGGAAUGUGUAUGUGUCAGAGGGACAGUGCUUAGGGGAAAGCAAGCAGGCUCCAUAAAAUUACUGCUUGAGAACAGGCCAGGGCAUGUAGAGGAGGCAGCUUCUCCAGUGGAAAAUGAGGAGCAGUUGUUUGCAGUACGUGGUGCUUGUCUGGGGGGAUAGAGGGCGAUCUCGCCCUCUGAGGGGUGGGAUCUCACCUUCUCAAGGGGACUUGAGGUGCAGCCCCAGCAUUGUGACUGGUGGAGCAUUGAGUCAUCCAGCUGUCCUCAUGCCUCCUGUUCUCUGAGCCCAUUUAGGCUGAGCCUAGACACAUACAUGAGAGAGUUUGGGAUGAGUCUGCUUCUGACUUGGCAGCCUCUGGACUUUUCAGCUUCUCGCUCUGGGCUCAGCUGUCCUGUCUCCCUGAGGGUGCUCCCUUGCUGGGGUGAUCAUAGAAGCCCAGGCAUGUGUAGGAUCAGUUCCUGAGCCCAGCCCUCACUCAAGUCUGAGCUGGGGAAGACUGUGAUACAUGUCCUCUUGUCACACUGUCACUGAACCAAGCACUGUAAAUGGAUGUACAUACAAACCUAGAGCUCAAUAAAUAGCAGAGCCCCGU